AUGCAACAUCAACAGGUUCGAUACGCCUCUGCCCACGUCGUCGCCGGCAACCCUGAGAAGUUCGCCAAGGCUCGAGGAGAGUAUGUCCGAACUCACUUCAAGAACAUGCGAGAGGUCGCCGCUGCUCUUUCAGGUAUGAACCUUAAGAAAGCCUACACCUACCUUGCCGAUGUUCAAGACCACAAACAAAUCAUCCCCUUCAGACGUUUCGCCGGUGGUAUUGGUCGAGCUUCCCAAGCUAAGCAAUUCAAGACUACCAAGGGACGAUGGCCCGAGAAGUCUGUUCAAUUCAUCCUCCGUCUCCUCAAAAACGCCGAAUCCAACGCCGAUGCCAAGGAUCUCGAAGUUGAGGAUUUGAUCAUCAAGAACAUCGUUGUCCAACAAGCUCCUAAGACCCGACGAAGAACCUACAGAGCUCACGGUAGAAUCAACCCAUACCAAGGUCACCCAUGUCACAUCGAGAUCAUCCUUUCCACCCCUUCAUCCGAAGUCCCCCGAGCCAAGGACCUCGACGUCACCUCCAGCUCCAAGAAGGGAAAGACCGUUGCCGCCAUCGAAGCUUAG